AUGAAGGAUCAAAACAUGCUCGUCUACUACUACUCUCUCAUGAUCAUAACCAGUAGUAGCAAGAUCGAUAGUAUGACCACCCACAUCACUGCCGGUACUUGUACUAGUAGAGCGACUGUCAUUUGUAAUGUCAAGGGCCUCCAUCAAAAGUGGCAUCACGCUCACGUGAACUGGUCCCAGUGCAAUGACCCCACCGCGCGGCCGCCACCGUGCUGGGACCCGCACGCACUGCACCAGCUAGAGGAGAACGACCCUCUCACAGCCAUCAGCCUGUGCUCGUGGCUCCUGUGCAUCACCUUGACCGAGAGAGCGCACACCGAGUCGAGCCUGAACCCACAACCAUCAACGUCCGGGCACUCGUACAAGGUGUCCCCACACUCCCACCCGCACCUGCUGCACAUGGGAGCAUCCCUCCGCCAACGAUGCCUUUUUCGAUUGAUGACGAGGGAACCCCCAGGAUGCAAUAGCGGUGGGGCCAACGUGUCUGGGGGGUCCACGCACGUGUCGUGUGUGGAUCCCAUGUACCCGUCGUCGUUUGUGGAUUUUGGGGUCAAGAAGAUCGGGAGGUGGCAGUCGAUGCAGUACCGCCUGACCUCCGGCUCCGAGUUCCGGAAGUUGUGCUGCUUAUUAUGUGAUGAGAUAAAUAUUAAAUUUAUCUCAUCUUAUGCGAGGGUGAAUAAAUUUGGUGUAGUCUACUUCAUCACUCCAAGUUACAAUUAUCCUCCGCUUGCUUCCAGUUUAAUCCUCCUUCACCGAACAGACUAA